UCUUUUUUAAAGUACCGGAAGUGGGCUGUGACAUACGUCACUUUCCUCCAACAGCGCGAAAACUUGGGUUUCAUGUUAGCGAAAACGGAACCACUAACAUAGCAAACAUGUCAAAAAUCGACAAAAUGAGCAUCCUUGGAGUGAGGAGUUUUGGGAUUGAGGAUAAGGACAAGCAAGUCAUAGCUUUCUUCAGUCCUCUAACUGUUUUGGUUGGACCCAAUGGAGCAGGAAAAACGACUAUUAUCGAGUGCCUGAAGUAUGCAACAUCAGGAGAACUUCCUCCCGGGUCCAAAGGAGGUGCUUUUGUUCACGAUCCAAGGGAUGCCCAUGAGACAGAUGUACGAGCUCAGAUUAAACUCCUUUUCACAGAUGUUAAUGGAGAGAAAGUUAGCAUCCAGCGCUCCAUGUCCUGCACUCAGAAAGCAAAAAACAACACCUUUAAAAGUUUAGAGCAGGUCAUCACCAGAAUGAAAGACGGAGAGAGAGUUAGCUUGUCCUCAAAGUGUGGUGAGCUGGACCGAGAAAUGAUUUCUUCACUGGGUGUAUCAAAGCCAGUGCUGAAUAACGUCAUCUUCUGUCACCAAGAAGAGUCGAACUGGCCACUUAGCGAGGGCAAGGCCCUGAAAGACAAAUUUGACUCCAUCUUUGCUGCAACAAAAUAUAUCAAAGCUCUGGAAACAAUGCGCCAGCUGCGGCUCAAGCAGAGUGUGACGGUGAAAGAGUGUCAGGUGGAGCUGCGCUACCUGAAGGAGAACAAGGAAAAGGCUCAGCAAAUCCGAGAGACCGUGGCGAAAAAGGAAGCUCAGCUGAUGGCGUCUAAAGACAGCAUUCAGCUCAUCGAUGGCCAGAUUGAGCCACUUGAGAAUCGCUUGAUUGAAAUUGACACCAAGCUUGGGAAAGUAUUAAGACUGGAUAAUGACAUAAGGUUGCUGGAGAGCAGAAAAAAACAAAUGGAACAGGACAACAAGGAGCUGCUGGAAACAAUGGAGCAGGUGUUUCAGGGUUCAGAUCAGGAGCUUCAGGAUGUUUACCAGAACCACCAGAGGACUGUGAAGGACAAAGAGCGAAGGCUUGCAGACUGUCAGAAAGAGCUGGAAAGAGCUGGCAGAGAGUGUCAGAGACUCAACAGAGUCAAAGCGGAUCUCCUGGUGGAACAAGGUCGCCUUCAGCUGGAAGCCGAUCGCCAAAUGCAGUGCAUCAAGAACCGUGACACUCAGGUUCGCUCUUUGUCAUCGUAUCUGGAGAUGGAGGGGUACGACCGAUCCCCCUUUACCGCUCUGCAGCUUGAGAGUUUCCACCGUCACGUCACUCAGAGACUGGAGCAGGAGAAGGAGACGUUCAGUCAGGCUAUGGCUGACUUGCAGGAAAAGGAGCAACAAAAGCAGCAAUCGAUCGAUGAAAUGAGGGACAAGAAGACCGGCCUGGAGCGAACCGUGGAGUUGAAGAGAGACAUGCAGGGCAAGAAGCAACAAGAACUGAGGAGCAUCAGGGCAGACCUGCAGAGGCUUGAGGGUUCGUCCACGCGGCUGCAGGAACUGGAUAAUGAAUUAACUAAAGCGGAGCACGAUCUGCAGAGUGCAGUUCAGAGCUCCAAUGUGGAGGAGCUGAAGGUGGAGGUGGAGGAACUGCAGAAGGAGAAGAGUGAGCUGGAUCGCACACAGAGGCAGCUCGACCAGGAGAUGCAGACUCUUAAUGUGCACACGACUGCUCGCACACAGAUGGAGAUGUUAAAAAAGGACAAGCUGGACAAAGAGGAGCAGAUACGGAAAAUCAAAUCUCGCCACAAUGAGGAUCUCGUGACACUUCUGGGUCACUUUCCCAACAAGAGAGAGCUGGAGGACUGGCUCUAUUCCAAGUCAAAGGAAAUCAACGGCACCAGAGACAGACUGGCAAAACUCAAUAAGGAUUUAGCAUCAAAUGAGCAGAACAAAAGCCACACUGCUGCAGAGCUGCGUAAGAAGGAGCAGCAGCUGACCAGCGAUGAGGAGAAGUUCUUUAAUGUGUGUGGCAGCCAGGAUCUGGAGCAGGACCUGGGAAAACUGCAGGAAGAUCUGGAGAAGGCUUCCAAGCAGAGAGCCAUGUUAGCUGGAGCAACAGCGGUCUACACCCAAUUCAUCAGCCAGUUGACAGAGGAGAGGGAGCCCUGCUGCCCCGUCUGCCAGCGAACGUUUCCCUCUGAGUCCGAUCUCCAGGACGUCAUCAACGACAUGCAGUCCAAGCUUCGUUUGGUGCCGGACAAACUGAAAAACACAGAGCAGGACCUGAAGAGAAAGGAAAGGAAGAGAGAUGAGAUGAUGGCCCUCAGGCCUGUGCGGCAGUCGAUUGUACAAGUGCAGGAAAAGGAGCUUCCUGAGUUAAGAAAUCGUCUGCAGACUGUGAACAGAGACAUUGAGAGGCUCAAGGCAGACGUGGAGAAACAGGAGACGCUGCUCAGUAGAUUGAUGUCUGAGGAGGACACGGCCAAGUCCUGCCUUCAGGACAUCUCUCUUAUGGACAGAUACAUGAUGGAUCUUAGAGAAGUAGAGAGAAAAAUAGCUCAGCAAGCAGCCAAGCUCCAUGGGGUCGACCUGAACAGAACCAUCCAGCAAGUCAGUCAGGAGAAACAGGAGACCCAACACAAGCUUGACACCAUUUCCAGCAAGAUGGAUCUGAAGCGUAACCUCAUCCAGAGUCAACAGGACCAGAUUCAGAUGCUGAAGAGUGAAGUCAAUGAGAGGAAGGCAGAGAAGCUGCAGCUGAGCAGUGACAUGCAGAAACAGCAGCAGCUGGAGGAGCAGUGUGUGGAGUUCACCACAGAGAUACAGGCUCUGACCAGAGACAUCAGGGAGGCAAAAGAGCAGUUGGCUCCUCUGACUGCUGCUUUGGAAAAACUGCAGCAGGAAAAACAAAGUUUGAUGGAACUCAAAAAGCAGAAACAGGAGGAAGGACGUGAGAAGAUCAAUGGUAUUAAUGAGAGAGUAAAGGCAAUCACCACUUUGGAACGAGAGAUCCAUAAGUACGUCAGUGAUGGGAAAGAUCAAUACAAAGAGCAAAAAGAGUCUGAGCUUCAAGAAACAACCACUCAACUUCAUGAGGCGGAGAAGCAGAAAGAGAAAAUAAACAAAGAAAUGGGGAACAUUCGCCAAGAUAUUGACACUCAAAAGGUCCAAGAGCGUCUGCUUCAGGACAAUCUGACUCUCAGGAAGCGUGAAGAGGAGCUGCGGGAGGUUGUGGCAAAACAUGAGGCUCUUCUUAAAGACAUCGGCAACAUGCAGGUCCUACAACUGCGCCAAGAACGUCGUGACGUGGAACGCAAAUUGGAGGAUUUAAAGAAGAACCGCAGUAUUGCACUGGGCCGCCAGAAAGGCUUCGAGGAUGAGAUACUUCAUCACAGAAAAGAGCUGCGAGAAGACCAAUACGACAAAGCUGAGGAGCGAUACAAAAAUAAGAUGAUCACUAUGAGGACUACAGAGCUGGUGAUCAAUGACCUGAACCUUUAUUACAAAGCCCUGGAUCAAACCAUCAUGAAAUUCCACAGCAUGAAGAUGGAUGAGAUCAAUAAGAUAAUAAGAGAUCUGUGGCGCAGCACCUACAGGGGCCAAGACAUUGAGUAUGUGGAGAUCAGGUCUGAUGUGGAUGAAAAUGCCUCUGCCGGAGUCAAGAGAAGGGUCUACAACUACAGAGUGGUGAUGGUGAAAGGAGACACGGCCCUGGACAUGAGAGGCCGCUGCAGUGCCGGACAGAAGGUUUUAGCCUCGCUGAUUAUCCGCCUGGCUCUGGCAGAGACGUUGUGCCUAAACUGUGGGAUCUUGGCUCUGGAUGAGCCCACCACCAACCUGGACAGGGAGAACAUCGAGUCACUGGCACUGGCACUGGUGGACAUCAUCAAGAGUCGCUCGCGUCAGCGGAACUUCCAGCUGCUCAUCAUCACUCACGAUGAGGACUUUGUGGAGCUGCUGGGACGCUCCAGCUACAUCGAACAUUUCUACCGCAUCCGCAAGAACCAGGACCAGAACUCUGAGAUCGCCAAGUGCAGCAUUUCUUCACUGAGUGAACAGCCGUGAUUCUGUGCUCUUCCUCAGAAAUGCACUGCAGUUCUGUGAUGAAGGGCCGGACGUUUAGGAUCAGAUUAGUUUUCAAAAGGUUUUGUCACCAAACGUUCUCUAUGUUUAAAGUGUUUCUGAAAGAGAGUUUGAUUUUCUUUAAGCACAAGGAACCCUUUCUGUUAGUGAACUAGUGAAGAGUUUCAAUAAAAUUAUUGCAAAUCAUUUUUUCUUCUGACUGUUGAACCACUUAAGAAAAGUUAUAAAAACUAGAACAUUAUAUUUACACUAAUUAUUUGUUACAAAUUAAAUGUUUACUCAAGUAUACUUAGUAAGCUUUGAUUAUUCCUUAUACUGUAAGUGUCAUAAUUAUGGCCCAUAUUUAAUAUCUCAUUUAAUAUAAUACAACAAGUUACAUCAUAAUGAAGGUGGUUUAUCAGAAUACGUUGAUGUCUGUGUUUCACUAUCAAAUAAAAUGUUUGAUUUCUGAAAA